AUGAUCAGAGACUGGGCUAUGCAUUGGUUUUCCACAAAGAAUGGUCUAACAGACAAAAACCGAAGUGUGCUGGAUGUUUAUCAGCAGGAGAAUGUGUCGGAAGUUGCUAACAUCCACGACUGGCAAAAUGAAUUGGAGACAGAACUGUUUCAAGGGUAUUCGCCCGCCCUAUUAACGUUUGCUAGUAUAUGCUGUGUGGUGUAUAUGAUGGUUGGAGUGCCUGGAAAUCUCAUCACCAUCAUCGCCUUGUUUAGAUGCAAAAAGGUGAGUGGAUUUUGA